AUGGCGGAUACCAACCUGUUUGCCUUGCUGCAAGAUGAGGAGGAGAAUGCUGACCCGGAGGUCAUUGCCGGGAAGGCUGCGGUGGCAAAGCCCGCGCCCAAGGCCGCGCCUGCCGCCAGCAAGGGUGAGUCUGCGGUCAUUGCCACGCUUGCGUGGCGCUGCAAUAUGCCUGUGAAGCUUGCAAUGUUCGCUUUCUGCAUGCGCAGCACGUUAUCCAGCAACGAGACCGAGAAGCGCGGCGGUGGCGGCAGGGGCAACUGGGGCACGGACGCUGACGCCGAGGCCGCCGCCACCGAGCCGACCCCCGUGGAGGAGGCCGAGGCGCGCCCCGAGGGCGAGGAGCCCGCUGCGGCCGAGCCCGCCGAGGAGCCCACCCCCCCGGAGCCCGAGGUCAAGGAGAUGAGCCUUGAGGAGUACGAGGCGCUGGUGGCCGAGAAGAAGGCGGCCCUCAACAAGGCGCGCGGGGAGCGCAAGGUGGACGCGAGCGAGUUCAGCGGCCUCAAGGCCGUCACCAAGCCCGAGGAGGAGGUGCUGCAGAUCAACGCCAAGGAGAAGAAGCGGUGA